AUGAGUUCGGAUUCCGAGCUUGGGUCGCACCAGUUCAAACUAGGGCGACAGACGGUCACAGCUUCUGGGACAUGGGCUGACAAUGUCCAUCCCAACGUCCUCCGUCUUCACAUCCACCGAACACCAUUCGACGAGUAUAUGCACUGCAUCUUUUCCAAGCUUCCCCCAGUUUUCUUGAGACUCUUGUUCCACGUGUUUCCGCUAUGGACGCUCCCUCGCACCUUCAUCGUCAAGAAGCAAAAGCCAAAUUGGGACGAGGAGUUUGAGAACGAGAAGCGGAUGUAUGAGAGGUUGAGGCCCCUGCAAGGCUCGACAAUCCCCAUAUGCUUCGGGGAAGUUGUCUUCGAGGAUCGCCGCGCCCUGAUCCUAUCCGAUGUUGGGAAUUUAAGUCUAUGUGACAAGCCAGCCUGGCGCCGAGACCAACAGCAAAUCAGCGACAUGCUCGACGACGCGUUCCGGGCCCUCACUAGAUUCGGCGUUGAAUAUGGUGACCUCAAGCUGGACAACUUUCACAUUACCAGUACGCCUAGCGGCGAAAAGAUAGUGAUAGUCGAUCUGGAGUCCGUCGAGCAGCUCGAUCCCAGCUGCACGCCCGAGCGCGCAAUUGUUUACUCAUGCGACCAACUUCUUCGCUUUUGGGCCAACGCGGUGGAGGCCGAGCGAGAGGAAAUGGGGGAAUUGAACCGGCCCCCCGUUAUCCGGCCGCGAGCACCGGUCUGGCCUCGCGGGGACUUCCCGCGGCCACCGCGGCCACCGCGCCUGCCGGAGCUCAGCUCAAAAGACAGGCGUCGUCUCGAAGAACAGAAGAAUGUAUAG